UCGUAUGCUGAACAUGAUUCCAAAUGUUAAAAAUUCAAUACGUACUCGUCAGCUGCUCGUAGUCUUGAAAAAUGAAGAUGAAGAUUAUUCAUCUUUACAAACCAAGGCAGACUGAAGAGGUAUAAAUACAUACAAGAAUGGAGCUAGUUGACGACAGAAAGAGAUUCCAAUGUGUUUUAUGUAAGAAAAGAACUAAGCCAAAUGACAGGAGGAAAUGUGAAAGCAUUGAAAUAAGAAAAUUUCUGAGGAAAACUUUUAUGGUGGAUGCUAGACCAGUGGAUGUGUUAUGUAAUAAAUGCAGACACUACUACUACAAAAACAAACAAGUAAAACAAAAACCUCCUAUUCAUGCAAAAACUUAUACUGAACCUCAAGGAAACUCAUCAUGUCUUAGUCCACCAUCUGUUACCCUGCCUCUUCAAAGGACUGUUUCUUCCCAUGCCUACUGCUUUAUAUGCAAGCGACCAGGACCGAAGCUCAUCGUUGUGCCAGUAUCAGCAAGACCCUCUGCAUUCAUUCACAAAGAAGUGAUUAUUCCUUCGGGUAGCAGGUGUUGUCCCUCACACAUUGCAAAUGAUGAUUUCAUCGCAGGAGCACUGGAUAACUUACAGACAAUAGAAACAUCAUUUUUGAACAGAAGUACCAUCGUAGACCUCAUCACCAGGAUAAGGAAUUAUGCAAUUCAGAAUUGUACAUCCAAAUUCACGUUUGAUCCUUCAUACCUUAACAACCUGGAUUACAUCACUCUUACUGGAAUAUCUAAAGACCAGGACCCGUUUGCAGAUCUGCAUCAGGAGAUAAAAUCAGAAAUUAGAUAUACACCCAGUAGAACAUCAACAAUGUCUCUAGGAAUUUUUCUACUGAAAAUGCGAUCUGGAAUGUCAAACCAGUUGAUGUCAACCAUAUUUGGCAUUUCAAAGUCAUCCAUACGAAGAGCAAUUUCAACUGUCAGGACUGCACUGAUGAAAAAGUUUGUUCCACAAAACGUGGUAUUACAACAUAUAUCUCGCCAAGAUGUGACAGCAAACCACACCAGACCACUGGCCCAAUCUCUCUUUGGAAAUGUGACACAAAGUCAAGCCAUCGCAGUCCUGGAUGGUACUUAUAUAUUCAUCCAAAAAAGCAACAAUUUCCAAUUCCAAAGAAGGACAUACAAUAUGCAUAAAGGUCGACCCUUGGUGAAGCCUAUGGUUGUUGUCUCAACGGAUGGAUAUUUCCUGACAGUAGUGGGUCCCUAUCUUGCUGACAGUCGAAACAACGAUGCAGCCAUCCUGAAUCAUAUGUUGAAAUCUAAUAUUGAAGACAUCAAGAACUGGUUUCAGGAUGAAGAUAUAUUCAUAGUUGACAGGGGAUUCCGUGAUGCUCUUGGAGUUUUGGAGGAGUUUGGGAUUAAAGCCUACAUGCCUCAUCUUCUUGCUAAAGGGGAAAAACAAAUGCCGACACCUGAUGCAAAUGCCAGUCGGUUGGUUACAAAGAUUCGUUGGGUUGUUGAGGCGGCCAAUUCCAGGAUUAAGCGCUGGAAAUAUCUUGCACAUACCCUCCCAACAAACCAGGUUCCCUUCAUAGGGGACUAUGUGCGAAUUGUGUGUGCUAUUUCCAAUAAGUAUUUACCUCCCCUUUCUACAGGAAAUGCAGAUGAUGAUGAAGCUCUCGCAAACAAGAUGCAGUACCUAUCAAAGAGGGUAAAUAGCCUAAAGAUCUUUGUGGAAGAAAAUGCCCUUGACAAGAGGUCAUCCAGCUGGGAAGUUUCUUCUGAUUCUUUGAAUUUCCCCAAGCUGGAUGAAGAAGAACUUAGAAAUUUAACUUGUGGUGUAUACCAACUAAGGCUUUGUCCAAGUUAUAUUCAAGAAUACAUUGAAGGUGAUGCAGAUAUCUUGGUCCAUAAAGAACAUCCUGGCUUAAUUCGAGUUAAGUUGCAGAGUAGGCACAUAUCAUCUAAGAAGUAUAUGCUCUGGAUUCAAUAUACGGAAUCAGCAGUCACUGCUUGGUAUUGCAAAUGCCGUGGGGGUGCACGUGUGGUAGGUGUCUGCUCGCACAUCGCAUCUGUUGUCUGGUAUUUAGGAUUUGCGAGGCACAACGUUGGGGAUGUUUCAGCUACAGGUAUUCAGAACUGGGGUGAAUAUGUCAAAGACGCUGCAGUUAUUGAUGCUUCUGACACUGAUGACAGUGACAUUGAAGAGUGAAAGCUAGGGAUAUCAUAUAAAGCGAAUAUGAAAUACCAACAUUUUUUAAUCUUUACUCACUGUUUAUUUUCAUUUAAUAUGUGAAGUCCUUUAUACAUGUACAUUUUAAAGUAUCAAAAAAUAUCCCUUUAAUUGGAUAGGUUUAUGCGCAUGAAGUGAAAUA